GCACCACUCCGAUGGAAAGGUAACGGCACUCCAUGCAUUCAUGCCGGCCACAUGACCUUGGAGGUGUCUACGGACAAUGCCGGCACUUCGGCUUAGAAAUGGAGAUGAGCAUCAACCCCCAGAGUCGGACACGAGUAGACUUAACAUCAGGGGAAAACCUUUACCUUUACCUAGCUAUUUUGACUUACGGCAGUCCCAUGAAUUCAUUAGAGUUUUCUUCGUCAAUGAAUACUCUGAGGUGCUUUUGUCAGUUCCUUCCUCUGAAAUACAGCUUACAGUACCUAAUAUUCCCAUUCAAGUGCUAAGUAGGGGUUACUGUGCUUAGCUUCCAAGAUCAGAUAGGAUCUGGUGCCUUUAAGGUCUUUAGGCUGUGAUGUAUCAAAAGCACCCAUUUAGUAUAUACAAUAUUAAAGUUUUCACUAUGUCAUAAUAAUCAUGGGUAGAAGAAUAGUGGUGGAAGAAUAUUUUUUUCCUAUAGUAACAGAUUUGCUGGUGGUGACAACUGUAUUGUGGAAGUAGGGGUGGGAAACAUGUAGCCCCUCCCCAGACGUUGCUGGACAUUCAUCACCAUUGGCUAGUGCUAGUUCACUUUGCAGUUCAACAACUUUAGGAGGGCUUCAUUAUUCCCACACAUGUGCUAAAGAAAGAGUUCCUAUGCAAAUGGGAAACAAAGAUUUUUUAAAUACAUUUUAAAAAUUUAAAGUCAGACUUGGCCACAGUGGUCCACGCUCUUGUUUCAUCCCGCAUAGAUUACUGCAAUGUGCUCUACGUGGGGUUGCCUUUGAAGAUGGCCCAGAAGCUUCAACUAGUGCAACGGGUGGCAGCCAGACUUAGAACUGGAGUGGCGUACAGGGAGCAUACUACUCCUCUGUUGCGCCAGUUCCACUGGCUGCCAAUAUGCUACCAAGCCCAAUACAAAGUGCUGGUCUUGACCUAUAAAUACUGUAAAUAAAUAAAUAAAUAAAUAAAGCCCUAAAUGGUUCUGGUCCAACUUACCUGUACUUGUCCGAACGUAUCUCCUCCUAUGAGCCUACUAGAACUUUAAGAUCAAUUGGGGAGGCCCUGCUCUUGGUCCCAUCUGCCUCACAAGCGUGACUGGUGGGAACAAGAGACGGGGCCUUCUCAGUGGUGGCUCCUCGGCUAUGGAACUCCUUCCCCAGUGACUUCCAACAAGCUCCAUCCGUUCUGAGUUUUAGAAAAAAGCUAAAGAUCUAGCUAUGCGCACAAGCGUUUAACGAAUAUGCUUUUACGGCUUUGAUGUGGUCUGGAUUAAGGAUUAUGCACAAGGUUUUUGAAUGAAUGGAUUUAUGUACUUUAUUUGUUUUAAGUUUUGUAUAUCGUUUCAUGUGUUUUAAUGGUUAAUGUAAAAUUUUUUUAACUGUUUUAUGUUUUAUUGUAUUUUUGUUUUUAUUGGCAUUGAUUUUUUGCCAGAUCUAUAAGCCGCUUUGAGUCCCUUCGGGUGAGAAAGGCAGGAUAGAAAUGGAAUAAAUAAAUAAAUAAAUAAGCAUCUGCAGAGACUUGGCGCAUUAAAAUCAUCCCAGUAAUACUGUGAAUACUAUGUGCUUGAGGACUUUUGGGGUGGGGAGUUGCUAGUCUCCAGUUUAAAAAAUGAUGCACUUUAGCAAAGCAACACAGCUAGAUGGGUAUAUAAGUAAAUGUAGAGUUUUAUGGUCGUACAGGAGACAUUAUGACCAUUUGAGCCAUUUUCAAAAGUCCAAACACUCUUUUAUCUUGAACUUUCUAUUCCUCUUUGAUGUCAUCUAGUUCUAAAGGAUGGCUGUCAUUCUCACAUAUAACCAAUGGGAAUGCAGUAUGCAAAUGACUGAAACUGAGCCGUUACUGGAUAUAAUGAUGAUGUCACAGUUGACUGUUUGAAACCAACAGCCUUUCAUAACCGACCUAACAUGGUCAGUACCCAGAUACUGUGAGCUAGACCUCAAGAGCUUAUUGCAUUCAAGACUAUUUAAAAUUUAACAUAACCUUGUUUGAAGAAGAUGGUGAAUUACUACGAGGUCCUCGGAGUACAAAAAACUGCUUCUUCGGAUAAGAUUAAAAAGGCAUACCGACAGUUGGCCUUAAAGGUGCAUCCUGAUAAAAAUCCAGGAAACAGAGAAGCCGCAGAGAAGAAAUUUGUAGAAAUCUCUAAGGCAUAUGAGGUCUUAUCUGAUGAUAAAAAGAGAGAUGCGUAUGACCGAUCCAACAGAGCAGUCAUAAAAGAAAGGCAUGCAGAAAGACGAGGUGGAACUGGAGGCAGACGUGAUGAUGGUGGCCGGAGAGACAAAGUCCGUGAAAGAAGGCGGACUGAAACUGAACUUUGCUCCCACCAGCCUCACAUGAAUGAGCAUGAAAAUGUGGACUCCUUCUCACUUAACAUUUUUGGUGAUCUGCUUGACCACAUUUCUGGGCAGAGCAGCCGAAGUGGCAGCAGCUUUUCCAUCUCUAUCAAUGGCGUGUCCCCUAUUCCGGGAACUGGGUUUACUUCUUUUGGCCCUGAGAUUACUGGAUGCAGUUCCUGUUCCGUAAAGAGUAGCAGCAAUGGGAAGUUCAAGUCUGUCAUAACAACUAGCAAGAUUGUGAAUGGCCGAAAAGUCAUCACGAAGAGAAUUGUGCUGAAUGGCAAAGAGAGCAUCGAAAUUGAGGAGGAGCCACUCUGCCACUGAGUUUUUCCAGCUGUCUUUG